AUGAUUGGUAUUGGGGAGGGGGACCGUGCCAAUGUCCGGUCCGUCCCCAGCUACGGCCCGAAAAUCAUCCAGGCGCCUAAGGCGCCCAGUAGCCGUACCGGGCAGGAGAGGCCCACAGCCACCACUCCCAGGAUAGCAACGGGCCUCCGCACCCAGAGCCCGCCAGCGCCCAAGGGCAGGGCCAGCCCACCACCGGGGGGAGCAGAGCCCCCCCAGACCGCCCACCAGGGAGGUACGGCCAGAUACCCACCACCGUCACCCCCACCGCCCCCCAGAAGCCGACCGCACGCCCCCCAGCCCAGGGAGGGACAGGCGGAGGCCCACGUAGGGCCACCAGCCAAGGGGGCCCCCAGAGACAGAAGAGAGGCAGACUCCCGAGCCGGUCCAGACCCCCCAGGUAGAGGCAGGGCCAAUGGUCCAAGGACCCGCCGCGCCCAACCCCGCGGUGCCCCGGAGAGGGGUCCCCCAACAUCCAGGAGCAUCUGCUCCCGCCGACGACCCCCGCCGGGUAGGCAGACUGCCGCCCACCACAGUACCUUCAGGGAGGUGCGUCAUGAUGAGCCACAACCAUGCCUCCCGGACACCCCCCAGACCGAGCGCAGGGGACCCGAUCCCCCACGUCCAGCGACGCCUCAUGGCCACCACUGCUGCCCCCACCCAGACCGCCAGUCCCGACACGGCCAGGGGGUGGGCAGGAAUCGAGCGCUCAGGAGUGCACCCCGGAGGGGAGAACCCAGGGGAGGGGCCAACCCCACCCCCCAGCGCCCCGCAGGCCCCAGCGUACAGAGACCCAGACCCCCUACCCCCACCCGCAGUGCGGCGCCAGCCCAGCCCCAGCCCACGGCCCACCACCCCCAACCCCCACGGGCCCCCCAGGCCAAGGUGGCAGCCCCCCCACAAAUCCACCCCGACCCCCGUAGGGCAGACCCACAGCCACAGAGGGCCACCAACCCACACAGACCACCAGGCAUCCCCAGUACCCCAGAUGCACGGCCCGCAACACCACGGACCGACCAGGGAAGACACAGUCACCAACCCGCCCUAGGAAAUAUAAUCAAUUAG